AUGGCCCCGGAUGCAAUGUCACAACCGCAGAGACCCAAGGAUUACGCCCUCCUCCUUCCCUUCCUGGCUGUCAAUGUCCUUGCAGCCAUCUUCGCGCCUAUCCAAGAUUGUGACGAAGUCUUUAAUUACUGGGAGCCAACGCACUAUCUGAAUCAUGGAUUUGGUCUACAAACUUGGGAAUACUCGCCCGAGUUCGCUAUCAGGAGCUGGCUCUAUAUCAUGUUGCACGCCGUUGUUGGCAGGCUCCAAUGGCUUUGGGAAUGGGCAUCAGGCCUUCAAAUUCAAGAAUUCCACUGGAUACGGCUUGCCCUUAGCUUGUUCUGUGCUCUCAGCCAGCUGCAUCUGCUUGGUGCUGUUUCAAGGAGCAUAGGUUCCCGCAUUGCUUUCUUGAUGGCACUCGUCAUGUUGUCCAGCACAGGGAUGUUCUACUCCUCCGUCGCAUAUCUACCUUCGAGCUUCUCUAUGUACACCACCAUGAUGGGUUUAGCUUCGUUCUUGGACACCCACAGCGGACCCCAGACAGCCCGAGGAAUCGCGUGGUUUGGAAUCGGGGCCGUUGUGGGCUGGCCAUUCUCAGCAGCCCUUACAAUUCCAUUGCUUAUGGACGAGGUUGCUUUUGUCCAAAUGACAAGAAGAUUCAGAGAUUCGGUUGCGAGGACUCUCCGUGGCGUUGUCAGAGUCCUUCCACUCGUGCCUCUUGAUAUCAUGAUAAAUGCCAUAUGCUUUCGCAGAUUUGCCUUCUCGCCAUGGCGCAUUGUGUCCUACAAUGUUUUCAGUGGAUCUGCACGGGGCCCUGAUAUUUUUGGGACUGAACCCUGGCAUUUCUAUGCGCGAAACCUGCUCCUGAACUUCAACGUUUGGUUCCUUGCUGCAAUUUGCGCUGGACCAAUACUUGCAGCUCAACAUAUACUCCGCAGGUCAUCUACAACCAAGCUGCCUCUACUCAGAACCCUGACCUUUUCGGCCCCUUUUUACCUCUGGCUUGCAAUAUUUUCCUUACAGCCACACAAAGAAGAACGAUUCAUGUACCCUGCUUACCCCUUUCUGUCUCUAAACGCUGCCAUUACAUUGCACGUGAUCAUACAUCACUUGGGACAUUCAGCUCCUACAUCGCCCAUUGGACGCAUACCAGGUAUUCUGAGAGUUGUCAUCAUUUCUACGGCCUUAGCUUCCUUCGCUGCUGUUGGUGUCUUUAGGACACUUGGCACAAUCACAGCUUAUGACGCUCCAUUAAAGCUCUACACGCCUUUGAAAUAUCCAGAAUACCGCAAUAGACAAGCCUCGGUAUGCCUUGGGAAAGAGUGGUACCGUUAUCCUUCUUCGUACUUUCUUCCAGACCGGAUGCGAGCGCACUUCAUCAAGAGCGAUUUUGCCGGAUUGCUUCCUGGUCAAUUUGCGGAAGGAAAGGUCGCAGGGUUCGGUGGGCUUCCAGCGACGUGGGCUCUGCCAACUGGCAUGAAUGACCAGAAUCUAGAAGACUCGGCAAAGCAUGUCAAUAUCAGCACAUGCGACUUUCUGAUUGAUUCCUAUUUCGACUCAGCAGUGCCAUCGACCCUGGAGCCACAAUAUGUUCUUGACACUGACACAUGGGAACAAGUUUCAUGCUCAAAAACACUUGACCAUCCGAAACAGCGAGUAUCUGAUCCAGAAACCCCUGCUUCACGGCGAGGCAGUGCAUCGACGGCUCUGAAAGCUCCGACAAGGCCGUUUGGAGUGUGGCAACAGAGCGAAUUCAAACGGCCAGCUCCUCAAGCUCUGCUGAAUUGGAAUGUCCAUGACACGGAGCCCAGGCAGUACAGACCGUUUCGAUGGGGCCCGUAUCACAUCACUAUGGGCCUGAGGGCGAUGCAAUGGGAUGAGUGGAUCGAGCUUGACAACCGAUAUCUCAAAUUUCACGCGGACAAGAAGCAGCGAAUCGAGGAACGUGGCAAGAAGUGUUGUCACACAGCACCAGAGGCCAUGGAAGGUGCCAUUGAAUUGCUUGAGGAACUAUGCGACUAUCUGCCCCAACGCUAUCCAACCCUUUUCACACGCACCGCGACCGGUAUCACCAAUCUCGUCACAAAUGAGAUCUUCGACGUCACUGCCCGCCCGCUUAGAGAGGACCCUAUGGUAACCUGCUCCCGUCUGAUUCAAGACGAUCUUGCCAUUAUGUUCGAGAAAGGAGAUGGGCAAUAUUAUCUCCUGGCUGGUGCCAUUCUUCUCGGAGGAUUUUGGCGUCUUGAGGACAAGUUUGGAAUGCCUCUUUCUGAAAUUCACUCCUCAGGCGACGUACCAGGCUUCAAGCAGAAACUAGAGAAGGGCAUGGUAAAUUUCUUUCGGCGUAUUCAGCCUAACGCCCCAGUCCUCCGAUACAACUACUUCAUCCAAGUUGACGACCACUUGCCUUGGAGUAGCAGUAUUGGGCCCGAGGAUGAAAUGGAUGGUAAACUUUCGGGCUGGGCAGCUGCCGAAAAGAACAAGGCCAUCGAACACCAUCACUUUCGCUCAGAGAGGCAAAGUUUGAGACGAUUGCCGAAGAGUGGUGGGGUGGUUUUUACCAUUCGUACGUACUUUGAGCCAAUCAUGGAGGUCGCGAAAGAGCCAGGCGUUCCGGGACGAUUGGCGAGUGCAAUCAGGAGUUGGGGUGAGGAUGUGAGUAAGUAUAAAGGGCGGGAGAGGUGGGGAGAUAUCCUGCUAGAUUUCUUGGAUGAUGAGCAUAAGAAGCAGGUCAAAGCAGGAUUGGUGAGCGAGACUGCUGAUGAAGAUGAUCGGGCAGCUUACCCUUUCUGA